GUAUUGGUUUUAAUUUGAUCUUUACUGAAUGUUCUGCCAGUUUGAGGCAAGGUUGUUUAUAAAAUUAUUUUUGCAGUGUAAUAAUUAACAAUGAUUAAGAGACAGAGUUCGUUUUACAUUUUAUUCUAGAUCUAUUAAUUUUUUGCAGGCAUAACAUUCUUACGUGUCAUCCACAAACGAUCACCAAAAUUAAAAACAUUUAAAAUUUAAAGCUUAAUAAAGCAGUAAUAGACGUUAGUUUUGUGUUAAACAAAUUAAUUAGAGUCUAGAAAGUUCACUCAGUCGUUUAAGUAUAUACAAUCCAGGCCUGUCGUCGCAGACCAAUUCCAAAACUGAAGGCGCAUGUUUCAGGGAUAGGACGGACAGAAGAGCAAAGAAGAUGGCCUGGCUUAACUCAUUUUAUCCCACUUAUAAAUCGCGUUCAGAUGAAUUUAAAAAACUUUUUACUGAUCUGCCAGUUGAUGAAAGACUAGUUGUAGAUUACUCUUGUGCUUUGCAAAAGGAAAUCUUGCAACAAGGCAGACUAUAUGUAACACAGAAAUACUUAUGCUUUUACGCUAACAUUUUGGGUUGGGAAACUAAUCUCACAUUAAAAUGGAAAGAUGUUACCACCAUUACAAAAGAAAAAACUGCUUUGGUCAUACCCAAUGCUGUACUAAUAUCCACUAAAACAGACAAAUACUUUUUUGCCAGUUUUGUGCAAAGAGACAAGACCUACUUAAUCCUGUUUCGGUUUUGGCAAAAUGCUCUUAUAGACAAGCAGUUGUCGCCGAAGGAGAUAUGGCAGUGGGUACAUCAUUGUUAUGGAAGUGAAUUGGGUUUAACAAGCGAAGACGUUGACUACAUUGCACCUGUUCAAGAAGACAAAUUACUAGUUUCGGGUCUAUGUGUAGAAUCAUUUUUUGAAGCUAUAGUGGGCCCAGAAAAAUCCACAAUGGAUCAGAUUACCGAUGAAGAAAAAACAGAAGAUGUGACUAACGUUAUUCAGCAGUCUAGCCCGGUGGGCAGUGUCUUACAAACUACCACAGAUCACAUCGAUUCGUCUGAUACAGAUGGAGAUCAGCCCAUAAUGAUGAAACAGUAUUCACAUUCCGCGUCGCAUAUUUUCCAAAGCAUAUCAAACACUGUUCUCAACUUUGAUGAGAGUGGGUUAGUUGUAGAUGAUUUCAAAGAUAGUGAUCUCAACCUAAAAUGCACAAAUUCGCACGAAGGGAAGGUGCUUCUGGACGAGACAUUGCCAAUUCAUGUUGAUCAGUUAUUUACACUAUUGUUUACUUCCUCAAAGUUUUAUCUCGACUUUCACGCAUCAAAAAAAACCACGGACCUGACACAAACUCCGUGGACUCACAAUCCGUUAGAUAAUAGCAAGAGUCGAGUGGUCAAUAUGACUUACACUUUGGGGCAAACUAUGGGUCCUAAAACUAGCCAAGUCACUGAACGACAGUCCAUGCUGCCAUGCAGUAAGGCGGGAUAUCUUUAUUCUAUUGAUAUAGAAUCGAUCAAUGCGGGAAUUCCCUAUGCCGACAGUUUUUACAUGCAGUUGCACUGGUGCUUGAGAAAAGUUUCCGACACUCAAACUUCUAUUGCCGUUUACGCACAAUUAAUAUUUAAAAAGAAUGUGUGGGGUAUAGUCAAGGGAAUGAUAGAGCGCAAUGUUUGGUCUGGAGUGGACGAUUUUUUCUGUAGUCUGAAAGAGGCAUUGCAAACGGAGGGCGAAGAAAACAUUCCUGAAAAGCGACGUAAGUCGAGAAGGAAAAGGCGAAUGCACACUUUGCCUAAAUUUAGUUUAGAAGAUGUCAGGAUGAAUAUUCCUAGAAAGAAGUUGUUUCAUUCCAAUGGAGUAUUUAGUACCGAUAUUUGUACAAUAAUAGUGUUUGUGGUACUUUUAGUAUUAUUAGUCAUAAAUGUUUUACUCUACACCAAAUUGUGGAAUUUAGAAGAAGCGCCUUCAUAUAGAUUUUCAGAUUUCCAUGCCUUGAAAAAUCUUCCAAAAUCUCACGACGACUUAAUUAAACUUCUUCAACGACAAGAAAGCCUUCACAGUGUCGAAGCGGAAAAGUGGCAAAGGAUUUUGAAAACUGCCGUUCAUCUUCUCAGACAGGCCGAGGAAUCUUUAAAUGAACUUCAAAGGUCCAUUCAGCCAAGUUAUAUCAAUAAAGAUUUAAAUAGUGCACCAGAAGAAAACUAUCGCGAAACUAGAACAGAACUUUGAAAUGGUUCUUAAUUUUUGAAAAAUAGUCAAUUUCCUAACAGGUUGAAGUAAUCUAAGCAAUUCAUUUUUAAUGUAUUUAUACAUUCCUUGUAAGGACGGACAGUUAUUGAUUAAUUUAUUUAUAGCUUAUAUUUGGCAUCUUGAAGAGUUAUGAAGUGGAUAUGUUAGGUUUCAACUUUCUUGUUUCUAGAAUAUUAGAAAAUUGUGUGAUUAAAACCAGAGUUUAGAUAAGCUGUUAAUAUUUAAGUGUUGUCUUGGAAAUCUUAUUAAAUAGAAAUAAAAUCUCAGAA